AUGCUCGCCUCGCUCCUCACGACCCUUGUCUCCUCCGCAAUCCUCGGCGUUCGCCUGGCCGUGGGGUACUCAGGCCUUGUGGUGGUGAUGGUGCGGCGGGGUGUUAAGGCGCUCUUGUUCCAGCGUUCUACCUACUUGGUGUCUGAGGAUUCGGCGGGCUUCGAUCUGCGGGAUCCGAGGUUCAUUAAUUGCAGCACGACCACCGAGAAGGAGCUUGCAGCGGCGGUGGCCUCGUUGAAGGCGAAGGUUAUGAGUCGCGAUGUGGGACGGCGGAGACGGGCAAGGGCGCCGGUGGGGACGAUGAGGGUGGAUUAUGGGACUUUGCUGAGAACACCAAAGAUGCAGGAGGAUUGUUUUGGGAGCUAG